AUGAUUUUCGAACAAAAAGAGAAGGGGGCUCGUGCAGUACGUCAGGAGGGCAGUGUCUGAAUAUCUUCUUUCUCUAAUUGUGUCAAAUGGGCAACUUUUACUUAUACAUAAUGUCGGAGUGAAAAAAUUUUACGUUUUACGUCCAGUGUUAAGCGGAAAACAGGUUCCAAACAUUGUAGCAAGGCAGAAAAAGUUCGCAAGUUUCGCCUGUGUCCGAGCGGAUCUGGGUGGGAGUGCUGAAACAGUGGGGGAAAACAUCUCCUGGAAGAACCAGAUAAUACAACACAGAGAUUAGUUGAAAGAUUAUGGGUGCACUAGCCAGCAGACAGAAUGCAACCGUAGAAGAGGCGGACAUGAGUGCAAACCAUCAGUACAAGUAUCCUCCUCGAUCAGGGAAUUACUUCGGCACCCACUUCAUCAUGGGAGGGGAGCGAUUCGACACUCCUCAGCCGGAAGCUUAUCUGUUCGGUGAGAAUGCGGACCUCAAUUUCCUGGGUUGCAAACCUACUCCCUUUCCUUAUCCACCACCGCAAGCUACAGAACCAACGAAAACGCUGAAAAGUCUAAUAAACAUACGAAAAGAAUCGGUACGGUUUGUGAAAGCAUCCGACUGUGCUGCGAAAAUUCACGGAGAUGGAACAAAAACCUGUGCGUAUAAUAUCGAGUUUGUAUUCGACGCAGACGCUCGCUGUGCUAUCACAAUCUACUAUUUCUGCAUCGAAGACAUUGGAAGUGCAGGGGUCAGCUAUAUUCCAAGAGAUUCGUCACUGUCGUCCGAAACAUUCCACUUCAAGCGGGGAGUGAAUCAGCUUUUCUCAGCUCCAUCGCAUGUCUUCAAUCCGUCUCUGUUCUCUGAGGAUGAGCUCGCGUUCAGUUCCGAAAAGGACACUUUUCCAGUGGUCAUUCACUGCGCCGUCGAGGAAGGGAACGAAGAGAGCCGGCAGAGUCACACAACAAUUUGCGUAGUGGAUCACCAUUCGGAUGGUACUUACGCGUUGCGUGCCCUAAAACAGAAGAUUUUCGUCGAUGGCUUAUGCUACUUACUGCAGGAGAUCUAUGGAAUUGAAAACAAACUUGUCAGUAAGCCUAUCGGCGAUGAGGACACGGACGAUAACGGAAGCGAGUGCGUCAUUUGCAUGUGUGACACCCGCGAUACGCUGAUUCUGCCCUGCAGACAUUUGUGUUUGUGCAAUUCUUGUGCCGAUUCUUUGCGAUAUCAGGCUAACAACUGUCCAAUUUGUCGGGCACCGUUCCGAGCUCUGUUGCAAAUUCGUGCAGUACAGAAAAACACCACCGGAUCGAAUGUGGUUUCGGUUCAAAGUCCACAGGAUAGCACGGAUAACAUUCCUUCGGGAUAUAUUCCAGUGUCACUGAUUGAAGCUCUCAAUGGCCCAACAGGACCGGUAAAGUCACAGAGCAUUGUAGAGAACGUAACGGCAACGGAGAAUGCUAACGAAACCACUCAAAAUAAUCAGACCACAGAUAAGCAGGACCCCCUGAAGAAUCCGCCCAAGGACGCAAGUACAAUGGGAUCGCGUGAAAAGCUGAAUCAAAAUGUGGUGGAUUUCCGGAUGUCUGUUCUGCUAUCUAAGGAAGACGGUUCGGUCUCUUGUGUCACGAAGGAACUUCUCACCAAGCAUUCGCCUCUAAUGCAAAGGGCUCCUGUUAGCCGUGACAAAAAUCCACGCGAAAAGGGAAGCCUUCGUAUCCAAUCCAAUCAGUCUGUGGCGAUUAAGGAGCCGCCCCCCUUAAACCACGAGGUAGUUCAAUUGGUGAAUGAGAAAAUUCAAAUGCCCAAUUUAACCGAUCUGGAUGAUGAUAGCGAAGCGGAAAAAUUGUCACCAUUGCUGCAGAAAGCGGAUCACGAUGGGGUUGAACUGAGCUGCGAGACCUACGAGAAACUGCCAAGCAUACUAAGAAUGGCCCAAGAGGAGGCGGAGAAUUUGGAUGCUCGUAGUCAAAAAUCGGUCGUAGUGCUGGCAGCUGCGGAGGACUCUGACUACUACACGCCAGAAGAUCCACAUACCACGAUUCUUAGUCCACUGAAAGGCGAAGAGAAGCUCGAAGGAGUGAAGAAAUUGUCCACACCGUUGACAGUGCUGAAGGAAGCAUCCCAGAAUUCGCUACCCGACAGCCCCAUCAGUGGCAAUUCCCACACUUCCACGCGGAGCUCUGGCGAUAGCUACUCGUCCAGCUCUAGCACCCGACAGCUGCUCUCGUCCGUGACCGCUAAUGACACGCCCACCCACGUUACGGUCAAUGUCGAUUCGUCGGUAGAAGGGUUGGUCAAGCACGAGAUCAAAAUUGGCAAUAGUACUAAGAUCGAUUGUAUCGAUAGUGAUUAAUUGCCGGAGCCGGAGGGUUGCACAGCAAAUAAAUAUCUCAAUCUUAUAUUGAACAAAUUGCAUUUCAGCUCCAGAUGCGGAGUCACUGGAGUAACUAAAAGUAAACAAUAGUAAGUGUGGGACUUUUGUUGCUUCAAGAAUAGCCAAUAUACCGUUGAUAGCAGAUCUAUAUGAGUACACAACACGACAGCAUAGCGCGACAUCAAUUCCGAUAUUACGCAUUAGUGAGUGUGUAUAUCCCAGCAGAAAACACUUUAUGUUUUGAUUUUUAAUAUUAGGUUUUUAUUACUGAAAUAUCACUGAUACAACAUUUAUCAAAUAAACUCGUUUUACUCAAACCAAUAA